GGACCGGCUGGAUCUCAUGCUUGAGGCUACAGGCUACAGGCUACUAUCUCUUACAGGCCGGUCGACUGUCAGGUCCUCGAGUUGGUUGAUUUAAGGCCAAUCCACUACACGAACACACGGAAAUCUAGUGGGACGUGUUUAUAGUACUUUAUACUGUUUCGCGUUUAAAUUUGAACAAUUUGAGUCUGGUAGACAAAAACAUUUUUGCGAGAUGAACUCUAUCAAGAAAAAUAUACAAGACACAUAUGCCAAAGAAUACCUGGCACUUGAUAAAAGAAAUGAUGGUAGGGAAUUAAUGAGCUUUCGAGAUGCAUCUCUAAAUUUGAACACUAUACAUACAGCAGAUGGAUCAGCAGCAGUCAAAAUUGGAAAUACAGCUGUUGUUUGUGGCAUUAAGGCAGAACUAGGUGUUCCUAAAUCUGAAACUCCAGAUAUUGGAUAUCUUUUAGUAAAUGUUGAACUACCUAGUCUAUGCUAUAAAAAAAUUCGACCUGGAAUUCCAUGUGAUGAAGCAAUGCAAAUGACUAGUUUCUUGAACGAAGUGUGUAAUAAUUGUAAAAUUCUAGACUUACAACAAUUAUGUAUUUCUGUAGAUAAAUUAGUAUGGAUCUUGUCGUGUGAUGUCUAUUGUUUGAACUAUGAUGGAUCUGUUUUAGAUGCAUGCUUAAUAGCCUUGUUAUCAGCAUUAAAAACAGUUAAGAUACCAGAAGUAAAAUACAACAAAGAAACUGAAGAAACUAUUGUCGUUGAAAAUUACAUUCCAUUAAAAGUUAACAGUUUACCAGUAUCAUCAACCUUUGGAGUCUUUAAUGAAAAAUAUAUUUUAGCUGAUCCAACUGAAGAAGAAGAGCAACUGUGUGUUAGUAAAUUGACAGUUGUGACCAAUGGUUCCUUAUUAUUUUCAUUACACAAACCUGGAGGAGAAUUCAUAAAAGAUGGUCAGAUUCAAAAUUGUAUUAGACAUGCUCAGAACAGAACAAAUACAAUUUAUCAAUUAAUAAAAGCUGCACAAUAAAAUAAUUGUUAUUACAUUAUUAUUUUUUAAACAUAUGUAAUUUUAUGCAAUGUG